AGCUGGGUGUGCCCAUGUCAGACCCAGAAACUGGGGUCCCAGUGCCCAUUUUAGCUGUAACUAUCCACCCUGAUACUGGAUUAGUGUACCCACUAGGCGGGCUGCACAUAUGCCCUAUCACCCGCCUGCUGCAGCCCAUCCAGAUUGGCUCGCCAAUGCUGGACCCCAGGACUGGGAACGUUGCACUCACUGUUGGAGUCAGUCUAGAUCCAGUGACAGGCGCUGUGCUGCCAGUAGGUGGAGUCCUUCUCUCUGAGUCCUUCAUUGAGCCUCUGAGUGGAAGGAUGGUGAAAGUUGGAGGGGCCAGUAUAAGAGCUGGACAAGUGGUGCCUCAUGGGGGAGGAUACCAGACCCUUCUAGAUAAUAAGGUUCUGGCAGCAAUGUUCAAAGUUGUGGAGAUCCUGAAGCCACUAACAGAGGAGUGGGGUUCGGAUCAUACUUUGCAAAUUCCUCAGCCUCAUCGAAGUGAAAGGGGGAGUGGUCGACAAGAUAAUCUUCUUCCUGCUGCAAAAGAGCUCCAGCAGGCUUGGGGAAGAGCCCUGCACUGCCACUUGCAGCUACAAACCAGACUGGAAAUCUUGUUAGACUGGGCUGUGGGUCUUCAGCAGGAUGGAGGGGCUUGGGGAGAGAUGCCCCUCUCAGGUUCAGAUAUAUGUGUGCCAGCUCUCCUGGGCAUGGAAUACCCUGAUCCAAUGGGUUCUGGUCUUAGUGUGCCUGUUUUGGGUUAUCAAACGGAGCCUGUCUCUGGGAUUACACUUCCGCUGGCAGGAACUAUGGAGGACGCUGAUGGAAAAGGCCUAGAAGCGAUCCGUUAUGGCUCCCAGACUGUCGACCCAGUGACAGGGAUGUUAGCUCCAGUUGUUGGUGCCAGAUUGGAUGUUUCCAGAAAAACGGUUGUACCCAUCACCGCCUCCUACUGGCUAACAAUGGCUGAGCAAGCUGACAAUGUUCAAAAUGAUGCACUGCAGAGAGAAAUGUGUGCACGAAACACUCACUGGCAGCAGCAAAGGAUAAAGGAAGAGGAUAUUCUUUCUGAUCUGGACUCAGCUCUGUCCCAGUGUGUCUUCAAAGUUACAGAAGCCAACUCUUAUCAGGUCCAGUGGUCUGGGAGGCAGCUGAGGGAAGCAGCCCUGGAGCUGCAGGAUUCAGCACAGACUGAAGCCCAGAGGAGAGCAGCUCAAUGCUCACACUUGGCUCUGAUCCUGCCUCCGCAUGUAUUACGCAUCCUCACACUGGGUGAUGAGGAGGAGUGGGAUCAACACUGUGCUUGGCAUUCAGAGCUGAUGUCAGGCCUUGAAAAGCUUGAUAUAUGUAUUGAGCAGCUACAACAAGACCAGGAAAAAUGGACAGCACAGGAAGGAGACUGGGCGACAACCCUCCACACAAUGGACAAAGAGCUGAGACUAAGAGAGUUGUGGGAGCAGUGUUUUUCCAAACAGGCAGACUUGGACGCUGCUGUUAAUAUCCUGCAUGUUAUCAGAGACUUAUCCCAGCUAUGGACUGACACCGCUCAGGCUGUACUGAGUGGGAGCUUUUGGUACAAAGAAUAUGGCUUGGUUCAGUGUAGUGGACACAGGCCGGCAGUGAAGGUCAUGGGUUUGCUCCAACAGAAGGCUUUGCCUCUGCUGGAGAGACUGAGCCAGCUCCUGGAACAUCCUGCCAGUGACUCCUGCCAUCAGCAAAUUUCAGGUUUGUCAGCAAAGCAGACAUAUGGUAUGGAGAUAUCUUCACGAGUCUGGACAGUCUCUGUGCCUGUGGUGAAAGGAAACUCCACCCAGUCGCUGAGGGAGCCUGCCAAAUCACAGUCUCAGGACACGGGUCUGCAGGCCAGUUCAGCACCAACUCACAACUCACAAAGACACAUUGCAUCAUCUGGAGUUCACUCCCAGGACAGCCAACCAAUGAAAGAUUCUACUCAUCCUCAAAGUAUUUCUGUCCCCACAAUGUCAGAAGAGGAGUGGACCAAGCUGCUGGAGCUAUCUCCUCUUUUUCAAAUGUUGAAAGGGGUGGAGCUACAGCUGAAGACAUGGGCCAGUGGGGCAGGUCUUAUAAGAGGAGAAAUCAUCGAAAAAGGCAACAGUUUUAUUGAUGUCCUUGAUGCACAAUGGGAGUGUGAAGGAGAGCUGAUCCCUUUGCAUUCAUCGACCCUUAACCCCAGGGAGUUCUUGGUCUACCAGCACGGACUGUUUCUGAUGCGUACAUUACAUAAUCUCAAACUGACUCCAGACAUUUCUGUCCAGAUAGCAGCUAGUCUCCCGAACAACAACUACUUUAACAACGCCUUCAGAAAUUCCUUCUUUUACCAGGAGGCAGAGGAGACGCUCUUUGUCCGUCGCCAGAGGCUCCAGUCUGUUGGUGGCUUCUCUCUGCUCCUGCUUCACUGUCUGUCCCACAUCAAAACUAAAGAUAUGAGCUCUGACUCCAGCCCUGCCUUCCAGAGACUUCUUUUUAAGGUUCUUCAGGCCAGUCUGGGGGAACUGUUUCAGGCCAGACUGUGUAUGCACCCUUCCGGGCAGGACCAGGAGGCCCAUUCAGGGGACAUAAAUGGGACUUUGUUGGCGUCUCACACUGCAUCAUUACUUCACAGAAUACACAACCCAAACAGGGGAUUGCUAUCUCCAAAUGAUGUUGAAGUGCUUCAUGGGAGACACAGUGAGACGUCUCUGUUCAUGCAUCUUGAAGAACUUUUAAGAGAGAAGAAAACUGAAACCAUAGAGAAAAACAAAAGCCACAUAGGCUAAUUUUUUUCCUCUGUUUGUACCCUUUUUGCCCUUUUUAUCUAGUGGAAACCUUUUGGUAAAAGUACUAUUUAUUUUUUAAUCCUCCUUGUAUUUCUUG